AUGUGUCGCCUCGUGCUCUUCGCGGGCACCUGCACCCGCUGCAACGAGUCCCUCACCUGGGCCGACCUCUCGCAGGAGCUGUCGUGUCUCGAGGCCAAGAACGUCGACAGCUUCGGCUCGUGCCGCCGCGGCGUCGACGUCGAGACGCACGCCUUCGACCAGGAGUGCGACGCCUGCGCCGGCGAGGACGAGGGCGUCGCGGGCAUGGACUUUGGAGACCAGCAAUAUCAACAACAGUACCAACAGGCGGCAUCGGCUUCGGCGUCAACGUCGGCGUCAAUAGCGCAAAGCUCGAGCAAGAGAGGCAGCGGCGGCAGGGCAGACGGAGAGGGGAGGUCGAAGAAGAGAGCGAGGACAUGA